AUGGCGUAUUGCGGUACGGCGACAAAGUGGGCUAAGGUUGGUUUAGUAGCACAAUACAUCGGACUAGCGUUGUUUCUGUCGGGUUUCAGUACUAUAGGAUGGAUGGCUACCCUAACUAUUCAGAACAACAAGGACAUUAUCGUCGGUCUCUUCAGGAUGAUAGAUUGUUCCACGGGCAGUUGUACCACACAGGAACGCUCAUCUGCCUACGAAAAUAGUGGUCGAGAUGGCACACUUGGCCUCAUGAUUGUCGUUUUGAUAGUGUCAGUAAUAACCACAGUCCUGUACAGUAUUUAUGUUGCCGCGGAGGGGGCUCGAUACAGAACAAUGAUAAUUACCAUAAUGUGCUUUACUUUCUUUGCAGCUCUAUUUAUUCUGAUAGGAGUAAUUGUUUAUGCCACCGCAGUGCCUACUGAUUUUUAUGCUUCCUACUCCCUUGGACUUGUUACGAUAGCAUCGUUUUUAUUCAUCUGUGCCGGUUGUAUGUUAAUACCCGAUAUCAAAAACAAAGUUUACAGACGCCGAAGUCACACACGUGUGGUCAGAACUCCCUCCACCCCAAGCUUGCCUGAGAUAGAAUCGCCUCCACCACGCUACACCUCCAGAGCUGAAUCCCCCGUAUAUUACACUCCCCGCCGUCCGAAAGGCGUCUGGAUUUACAAAGAGUAUGAUGAUCAUUCAGCAUACACGCGUAAACAACGGUCUACACCAAGGGAAAUAAAACGCUCAUACUCUCCUCCAAGAGAGGUAGUCCGUGUUCAUCAUGUCCGGGGGCCCCCGGUAUCUCAGAUUUCGUACGCGUCACCCCGACGUUACGGUACUCCACCAUCUGUGCAACGCUACGACUACAAAGCCAGAUAG